UAGAGAGCUGGAAGACAACAGCAGCAGCAGCAGGAGGCUGAGUUUUAGAAACUGCUGGGUUUCGCUGAUCUAUAGAUCAUGGGGUGUGAGCGUUUAGAGAGUCCGCAUGCAGUUACAGUCUAACACUGCGCUGCCCGCUCACUUCCUGAUCACAAACAACAACGAGGAAGUGGGAAAAACACAGGAAAAGUUGGAGUAAAUCAGAAUGAGCCGGAUUUAUGAUAACACUGCGCUUCAGAAUAAACCGGUUCAUAAUGAGAAACUUUCUACAGUCUGGGACCCGGCUUUCUAUCAGAGAGGCGCUGGGGUGAUUCUGGAGGGGACUUUUAUUGAUGUGUCUCGUCAUGCAAUCACAGACACCAACAACAGAAAGGAGCGCUAUUAUAUUCUGUAUGUGAAGCCUAGCCGAAUCCACUGCAGAAAGUAUGAUGCCAAAGGAAAUGAGAUCGAGCCCAAUUUCAGUGAGACCAAGAAGGUCAACACAGGUUAUCUUAUGUCAUCUUACAAACAGGAGGCCAAAGGUGAGUCAGAUAGACUUACUGAAGACCAGCUGAAGGACAUUGUGAACAAGAAGGAGCUAAUUACAGUAACAGAGAAGCACUGCCCCAAACAAGCAUUUGCCUUCUGGAUACUGGAGACUGAGAUGGAGAAGGUGGAGCUGGAAAGUGGCCAAGAAAUCCGUCUAAAAACCAAGGGAGAUGGCCCCUUUAUCUUCUCCUUUGCCAAGGUGGAUGCCGGAACAGUGACAAAGUGCAAUUUUGCUGGAGAUGAGCAGACUGGGGCAUCGUGGACUGACAAAAUAAUGGCCAACAAAGCAGAUACACUGAGUGAUUCAAAACCGGCUGAGCAGGGCCAAGGAGCUGAUGAUGAAGAGUGGGAUGACUGAUCAGUACACAGAAGAAGACAGAUGUAUGAAUACACUUUACAUAUGAAUAUUGACACUUUACGUAUGAAGUUGGAAUUACAUAAACCUUUGAUAUGUGCCAUAAUAAAAGCCAUUUUUUAACAAAAA